AUGGACUUCAAAGAGGAAGAUAGUGGUAACAAGAAGAAGCAUCAUCAUCAUUCAUCGUCACCACCGUUUAGCCACGGAGAAAGAGAGGAAACUCUCUAUUUAUACACCUCUUUCUCUCUUGCUGACACAAACAGAAACAAUCGACAACCAUCAACAAGCAAACAAAUCAGAAUCCUCACCAGAAAAUCUCUUUCGUUAUUCUACAGAACCAUGUCAUUUUCGGUUGCCGUCUGCAACUCGCCGGCGAUAUUUGGAGUCUAUGAUGGUCACGGAGGUUCAAGAGCGGCUGAGUUUGCGGCUAAGAACUUGUGUGAUAACAUCCUAGGAGAAAUAGUUAGUGAGAGGAACGAGUCAAAUAUUGAAGAAGCUGUAAAACGCGGUUAUCUAGCGACUGAUUCUGAGUUUCUCAAGGAGAAGAACGUUAAGGGCGGCUCAUGCUGCGUCACGGCUCUGAUUAACGACGGGAAUCUCGUUGUGGCUAAUGCUGGUGACUGCCGUGCUGUUUUAAGCGUUGAAGGAUUCGCGGAGGCCCUGACUUCUGACCACCGCCCUUCGAGGGACGAUGAACGGAACAGAAUUGAAAGCUCGGGAGGUUAUGUCGAUACAUUCCACAGUGUUUGGAGAAUCCAAGGAUCUUUAGCGGUAUCUAGAGGAAUCGGAGAUGCUCAUCUCAAACAAUGGAUAAUAUCUGAACCAGAGACGAAGAUUCUACGAAUCAAUCCCCAACACGAGUUCUUGAUCUUAGCGUCAGACGGUCUAUGGGACAAGGUUAGUAACCAGGAGGCAGUAGACAUAGCUCGACCCUUCUGCAUAGGAACCGAUCAGAAGCGGGAGCCUUUGUUAGCCUGUAAGAAGCUAGUUGACCUCUCUGUUUCACGAGGCUCCUUGGACGAUAUCAGUGUGAUGUUGAUUCCGUUGUGCCGCUUUAUCUGACCAUGGGAGCAAUGUAGAGAACAAAAAUCAAUUUAGACGUUUUUGACUUCUUAUUUGGUUGUUAGGAUACUUUGUAUAUACCGUAUCGUAGCAUGUUUAUUGUACACAGAUGAAACAACUACAAAUACAAAAAAACUAUACACACAACAAUUUUUGUAAACCAAUGAGAUUUCAGCUUGGUUAAUCAUUAAG